CCCUGCAGGACGAGUGGCUAGGAGCGGACAUGAACGUGGACGCCGAGCUGCUGUGGCCGGGGGUGGCCCUGCUGCUGCUUCUGGGGACGGUGGCCAGCCUGUGCGUGCGCUGCUCCCGGCCAGUGGUGAAGAAGUCUGAGAAGAUCUACGAGCAGAGGAGCCUUGGGGCCGAGACGGGAGGAAGCCACGAGCCCGCCUUUCUUCCAGAUUCUGCGUCCUCUAGGUACCUGGAGAACUUCAGCAAAGGAAGCAGACGAGGAUCUGAUGGAGCCUUCAUAGACCCCAUUGCCACGCACUAUUACAACUGGGGGCAGUUCCAGAAGCCCUUGGAAGACGAUGAUGAUGCCAAUUCGUACGAGAACGUGCUCAUCUGCAAGCGGAAGGACACUGAGUCAGAGCGAGGCCCGAGGGAGGCGUCCCCGUCGCUGGCAGGAAGCCCAGACGAGGAGCCCGAUUACGUGAACGAGAGCGUGGCAGCCACAGAAGCCUAGCGAGGGCCU